AACUUCAACACAAAAAUCUUGUCAGGCUUUUGGGAUUUUGUGUAGACGGAGAGGAGAAGCUGCUCAUUUAUGAAUACAUGCCGAACAGCAGCUUGGAUGUCUUCCUCUUUGGGGAAUGCUAUAUCUUCAUGAGGAUUCUCGACUUAGAAUCAUUCAUAGAGACCUUAAAGCUAGCAACGUUUUACUAGAUGUUGACAUGAAUCCAAAGAUCUCAGACUUUGGAAUGGCAAGGAUCUUUGGAGGAAGUGAUGGUGAAGCUAAUACUGCUAAGAUUGUUGGGACCUAUGGAUAUAUGGCUCCAGAGUUUGCCAUGGAAGGACUAUAUUCCGUAAAGUCUGAUGUCUUUAGCUUUGGGGUUCUCUUGCUAGAGAUCAUUACUGGAAGAAGGAAUGCCGGAUUCCAUCUCUCCAAACGUGGCCCUAGCCUUCUAGCAUAUGCAUGGCAAUUAUGGAAUGAAGGAAGAGGGUUGGAAUUGAUCGAUCCUUUACUGAUGGAUUCAUACUGCCCUGAUGAAUUUUUGAGAUGCAUGCAUAUUGGACUAUUGUGUGUUCAAGAAUAUGCAUAUGAAAGGCCUACCAUGUCAUCUGUUGUUGUCAUGAUUAAAAGUGAAACUGUAACUCUUGGCCCCCCUGAACGACCUGCCUUCUCUGUGGGGAGGUUCACUGAUCACUACGAAGCAAAUGAUAACAAUGUUUGUUCUUUUAACGGUUUAACAAUUUCAAAUAUCACACCUAGGUGAUGAUGAAGCCCUUGACUGGGUGGAACUUCACCGUGCCUUAAUGUCAGAGCUUGAGUGUUGGAUAUGUGUAAUUUGUAACUGUUAUUCUUGCCUGUGAGAAACUUAUUUAUAAUUAUCUUGGAUUUCUAUAAGUUAAAGUCAUCUUCAUCACUAAAGAUGGUUCUAAACCUUUAAUGGCGCGUUAUGUAAUAGAAAUCAGAGCUUGUGACAAGAGUCUAUGCCAUAUCAAUGAGAUUCAUCAAUUUUCCCUUCAA